AAAUAAGGCUCAACAGCAUUGGCUGGUUCACUCACACCCGGCCAAUCCUGGACUCUAAACUCUUUAGGGAAAUCUUGAGGCUGUGGAAGCCCAGUGGUCCAGAUCUCGGUUCCUGCAUCUCCAGACAUGGCGACCUAGGGGAAGGGGAAGAACAAUUUUUUCUCCUCUUUUGGGACGGUUUGUGUCAGGUAGUGCCUGUGCCCCUGGGCAGCUUGGAGAGAAGAGGGGCGACUGGAAAAUCGUCAUUUGAGAACCAGAGGAGAAAAGAAAACGCAACGUUAAUUCUAGAAGGCCUCCCGUCCCUGCAUGCCCUGGGUGCUCAUGGAACCAGCUGCUGCCCUGCACUUCUCCCUGCCAGCCUCCCUCAUCCUCCUCCUCCUUCUCCGACUGUGUGCACUGGUCUCAGCCCAGUUUAUUGUGGUAGGGCCCACUGAUCCCAUCCUGACCACGGUUGGAGAAAACACUACGUUACGCUGCCAUCUGUCACCCGAGAAAAAUGCUGAGGACAUGGAGGUGCGGUGGUUCCGGUCUCAGUUCUUCCCUGCAGUGUUUGUGUAUAAGGGUGGGAGAGAGAGAACAGAGGAGCAGAUGGAGGAGUACCGAGGAAGAACCACCUUUGUGAGCAAAGACAUCAGCAGGGGCAGCGUGGCCCUGGUCAUACACAACAUCACAGCCCAGGAGAACGGCACCUACCGCUGUUACUUCCAAGAAGGCAGGUCCUACGAUGAGGCCAUCCUGCACCUCGUGGUGGCAGGACUGGGCUCUAAGCCCCUCAUUGAAAUGAGGGGCCACGAGGACGGAGGCAUCCGGCUGGAGUGCAUAUCUAGAGGGUGGUACCCAAAGCCCCUCACAGUGUGGAGGGACCCCUACGGUAGGGUUGUGCCUGCCCUGAAGGAGGUCUUCACCCCUGACGCAGAUGGCCUCUUCAUGGUCACCACAGCUGCGAUCAUCAGAGAUAAGUCGAUGAGGAACAUGUCCUGCUCUAUCAAUGACACCCUGCUCGGCCAGAAGAAAGAAAGUGUCAUUUUUAUUCCAGAAUCCUUUAUGCCCAGCGUGUCUCCCUGUGUGGUGGCCCUGCCUAUCAUUGUGGUUUUUCUGAUGAUAAUCAUUGCCGUAUGCAUCUACUGGAUCAACAGACUCCAAAAGGAAAAAAAGAUUCUGUCAGGGGAAAAGGAGUUUGAACUGGAAACAAGAGAAACUGCUGUAAAGGAACUGGAGAAGGAACGUGUGCAAAAAGAGAAAGAACUUCAAGUAAAAGAGCAACUUCAAGAAGAAUUGCGAUGGAGAAGAACAGUCUUACAUGCUGGGGACCUCUGGCCAGCAACACCCCACCCAAACCUUGCUUGAUUACACUGGCAUGCCCCAGCUCACCUGUGUUAUAGCGUGUACCCACGUUCGGCAGUUCCUGAGCUCUUGUGCCAUACCCAAGAAGAAUGAGGAUACACUAGACAUUGAAGGGUGAGGAGCGAUGAGAAGAAUUUUAUCAAGCGACUGAAUAGCACUCAGCAGAGAGGGGAUGCUGGCACCCCUACCCGAAGGCGGGAAAGUUCCCCCUGUGUGGCUGGGUCCAGACCUGUUUUAUGGACUCAUAAUGGGAAGUGUGUGCUGAUUGGUUUGUGAGUAUGCAAAAAAGGUUAAAGUGAAGACACCACUCAAAGGUGGCCACAACGGUGUAAAAAACCAAUUAGGAAAGGGUGGGUAUAUGGAAAGUAGUUGAAGGGUGGGGACCAAUCAGAGGAAAGUGCACCAAACAUGAAGACAAGUUCUCAACAAGUUCUCAAUCUGGGCUGAGGAUUUACCUUGUAGUUUGGCUUUCAGGCUUUAAACUGUCUUCAGCUGGGAGGUGGGGUUUCACCAGGGACCCAUUGCUACCUGCCUUUGCAUCUGACUGCCUCCUGUCUGCUAUCACUAGGUCCCAAGGUUUGUAGCAAGGACCCCUUACAAAGACAUCCCCCACAGUCUACCCAAAGGUUAACCUCAGAACGUAUUUCAUUGUCAGAGUGAGAAACAAAUACACGUGAAAAUGCAGUAUGGCACAAAUAAGGAGCAAGAGGUGAAGAAAGGCUCAGUCACACCCAUUUUGUGAAAAAUAUAAAAUAUGCAGUUACUGACAGCACUAACUCUGGAUACCAGAAAAUUCUAUAAUUCAGUAAUGGAUCUGAGACCUGAAUUUUGGAGGUACUAAAAUAGAUGUAAUAGAUCUAGUUUUCAUUCUGUUCAUACUUUCAUUUUUGGCUCUGUGAUAAAAGAUGAUAAUAUAAAAAAAAAAAAAGGAUGAUAAUAUCCUCUAUGUAACAAUUACAUGCAAGGGGAUGUCUGCAAACUGCCACAGUAUCAUUCUUAAAAUCAUUUCAUGUUUCCACUCAGUUCUCCUGAUAUUUCUGUUACGAUAUAAAAGACAGCUGAAUGUGAAGAAGCACUGAUUUUACACAUAACACACACAUUAAUGAUUCAAAUAGGUAAACACAGAGAGCUGCACACACUUUGAGAGGUAGGGCUGAAAUUUUUCAUCAAUGUGUACAAUUCAAUAUAGUUUCAGUUUUCAUUCUAACCUUCCCCAGUGGCUUCUGCCCAGCAACUGAUGAGAAAUGGUAACUCUGAGCCAAUCAAAACACAAAUUCCUACAAAGAGGAUUGUCUUACUGUUUCUCAGAUCGAGUGUACAGCACAUGCUUUCUUUUCCUUUAUUCUGGAUCAGAGAAUCUUAACUAAAGCAGAAAUAAUUGUGUUAAAUUAAACUAAAUUUGGUAUGAGAUAUACCUACAUUUAGCCUGAGGGAUGGCGCCUUACUUGAGCCCUUAAAUAAUGAACUGCAACCUAACUUAGUAUGUAAACUAACUGAAAGCUUAAGGCACAGGAGUAUACUUUUGUAACAAAUAGCUGAGUCUCAGCCAAUCCUAGUAGCCGAACUUCAGUCGGCUCCAGUCAACCCUGCAGCCAGUGAUCAGACUAUGUUCAAAUAAGGCCAACUCUGAGCUGUAACCAAUUAAGCUGUUUCUGUAUGUCACUUCCCUUGUGGAAUGGAGCUCACUGAACCUCUCUGAUGGCUUCCUGAUCAUUCUGAUGGUUUGCAAAUUGUUCUUUGUUCAAAUUAAACUG